AUGAGUCUUAACAGUCAACUCAAAGCACAAGGAUGGGGCUACACAUUUGCCCUUAACGAUAACAAAGAUAUGGACCCUAUCGAGACUCUUGAGCGUCUUCGAGAGCUUAUCACCAGUGUCAACAAAUCUUCCGUGACACCUGAGAACACAUCGAGCCCAGAAAGUCAAACUCAACUUUCCAGCAAGACUGUCGAGAGCAUUGGCGUUGCUUAUUGA